AUGGGGGGUCUUGGCAUUAGGUGUUUGUCGGAUUUGAACAAGGCAUAUUUAAUGAAGCAGGUAUGGAGAAUGAAGCAUAAUCCUCAGUUAUUGGUUUCUAAAGUUUAUUCAGCAAAAUGGCCCUUUAAUUUGGAUAUAGGUAGAAAGGUUUCAUUUCAUGGUAAGGUUCUAUCUUGGGGUUUAAGAGGUCUUCGAAGAGCAGAGAAUAGAAUUAUUGAAGGUUGUGCGUGGAAGAUAGGGAAUGGGAGAAGUGUUUCAGCGGGAGGGGAUAAAUGGGUAAAUGGUUGUGUACCCAUUUUUUCUUCAAAUGUUACUCUAGCACAAGCUCGGAAUUGGAAGGUGCGAGAUUUUAUUAAUCAAGGUUCAGGAGGGUGGAAGGAGCCACUUAUUAGACAAUCAUUUUCUUUUGACAGUGUAGUGGCAAUUUCAGCUAUGGAAAAUCCUAAUAUUGAGGAGCAUGAUUUUUUGUUUUGGGCUUCUCAUCCGUCAGGUAAUCUUUCAAUCAAAUCUGCCUAUGCGUUUCUUCAACUUUCACAAGGAUUAGGAGAACCGCGUCAUUCUACGGUCAAAUGGAAAGACUUUUACAAAAUACUAUGGCGUAUUCCUUCUCUUCCAAAGUGGAAAUUCUUUCUGUGGAGGAUUUCUUACGAAGGUUUGGCGGUCAAGGACCAACUAAGUCUAAGAGGUAUUGACAUUUCGUUAAGUUGUGAGGAGUGUGGUGAUCCAUUAGAAUCGAUGGAUCAUUUAUUUCGUUUUUCUCUUUAUAGCAUGGAUGGAAUUAAGAGUACAAGAAUAAUCUUCUUCAUGGUUACUCUGUGGGAAUUAUGGGUAGCUCGUAAUAAUAGGGUUUUUAGGAAUGAGGUUAUGAAUGUUCGGUCUAUUUUAGACAAUAUCUCUUGUUCAAUGGAGUUACAUGUGCGGGUCCAAAGUGGGAACUUGGUUAACCUUGCUUUCCUUCAUCCGCCGGAGUUGACUAACUCCCCUCCUCCGGGUUUUCAUUUGGCAUCUAUUGGUUAUGCUUUUUCCAUAUCUCGUCUUCAUAUAGGAAGGGGGGGUUCUGAUUUUGGUUCUAUAGAUUCCGCUACUCAUGCAGAGGCCUUGGCUUGUAGUGCUUGCCUUUCUUGGGCUUCGGCUAGAGGUUUUUCUAAUAUAGUUAUCUUCACGGAUUAUUUUAAUUUAGUUUCUAUGUUGCAAGGGAAAUCAUUGCAGGAUAUUGGGCUCAAGUGGACGAUUCAACAGCUUGUGAGCAAAGGUGCAAGUUUUCACUCAUGUGUGAUUUACAAGGUUGAUAGGGAGAUAAUUGCAGUUGCUCAUCAGAAAGCUCAGCUUGGCUUGCAUCUAGCAAUUUCUUCUUCGGACGUGUUUUAG